UUAGACGCAAGAUACCCAAUUCUUUGAACUUGAGAAGCCCAACAGUCUUUGAACUUCUGAAACCCAAAUUCUCUACGCCCAAAGCCCUGAGCUCCGAUUCUGCUUCCAAGCCAUGGAUUUCCUUCUGAAUUUGCAUAAUCAAGGUGAACAGAAGCAAAAAUAGAGUUGAGUUUGCACCAGUGGGAAUCAAACCAUCUGUUUCCACCUACAGAGGUCAUCCAAGACUCUCUUGACAGGUUAAAAAGCUUUGGUAGAAUCUUGGCCAUCCAAGCAUAGAAGCCAGGUCCAACAUCACUACACGUUAAUUUUCCGAGUAGAGAUUGGAGAAAAGUCAGGCUAUUGUACCACGUAUAUUAAUAAAACCACCAACAGAGAGACACACACAGAGAAGAGAUUCCAAAGUUAUUGGAAGUCAUCCCACCCAACAGUGGCAAAAGGAUUUAAGAUGGAGGGUAGUCUUGCUGAAGAGCUUUACUCAGAAAGUUUGAAGCUAUCAAAGAUAGACUUGGGUUCUUCUUCAACUGCCAUUAGUAAAGAAGGUGAUUCACAUGAUUUUGAUGGGGAUGACUUGCAGCAAGACGAUGGAGCUAUAUGGGAUAAUUCCGGAGAUGAAUUGGAUGAAUCAUUUGAAUUGGACAGGGAAUGGCAGAGGAGACAUGACCAAUUUCAUACACAUGGAUAUCGUGAAGGUAUUUCUGCAGGAAAAGAAGCUUCUGCACAAGAAGGAUUUAAUGUUGGCUUUAAGCAAUCAGUCCUUGUUGGGUACAACUGGGGUGUUGUAAGAGGUGUUACCAGUGUGUUGGCAUCCCUUCCAGAUGGGUUAAAAGAAAGGUUAAUUGAAACACAAGAAAAGAGAAAUGAAUUCAAGGUCUUGUAUGAAUCUGUUCACUCUCUUUCAACAGCAGACGCUCUUAAGCUUUUUAACGAUGAUAUCAUGGCAAAAAAAGCUCUGGAACGAAGUGAAAAUGCUGAGGAUAGUUCUCAUGUAGCUGGUAUGCAAGAGCAAAGUUCAGACUGCAGUCGUCUAGAAAAUUACUUCGGAGAGCUCCAAGCACUUCUUUCAGAAUCUCCUGCACUCGAAGUACAUUUUCCUGUAGAAAAGUAGACAGGGUUGUGGCUUCUGUACAAUUAGCCACUGUAUUUUAGAUUCGGAAAUAAUGCCUUGUAUUACAAAAUAUUUUUAUUUAAAAAAAAAAAAAAAAAAAAAUUGAGGAAAAGAACUCCUCAACUUGACAGCAUUUAUUGUUGAAUUUAUUCUAUUGAUGAAAAUCUAAUCAGUUUGGUUCAUUA